AUGGCUACUACCUACAAAAUCCGGGUUGCCACAGGCAACUACCUGUGUGCAGGGACCAUGGAUUCGAUCUCCAUCACUUUGGUGGGGUCUCGAGGGGAGAGCCCCAAGUCCCUGCUGGAUAAAUGCGGCAAAGACUUUUCGCCCGGAGAGGUGAGUGCUUUGGGUUUUCGGAAGCCUGACUAGCUCAGCAUUGUCAGAUUUCAGCAGGAUUUUAGCUCAGCCCUAAUUUUUCAUUUCAUUUCAGUUUUAAUUCAUGUACGGCCUGUCUAUGUUACUAUACACAAGGCGGUUCACAGCAACAAAAUAUACAGCAAAGAACGCACACCUUAUAAUCAUCUGAUCCAAUACAAAAAGUCAUAACGAAACGUAACUUUAAAAUGGAAUGAAAUAAAGUAAUACAUAAUAACCUAUUAGGGACGUGGGUGGCGCUGUGGGUUAAACCACACAGCCUAUCACUUGCCGAUCAGAAGGGUCGGCGGUUCGAAUCCCUGCAACGGGGUGAGCUCCCGUUGCUCAGUCCCUGCUCUUGCCAACCUAGCAGUUCGAAAGCACAUCACUUGCAAGUAGAUAAAUAGGUACCACUCUGGCGGGAAGGUAGAUGGCGUUUCCGUGCGCUGCUCUGGUUCGCCAGAAGCGGCUUAGUCCUGCUGGCCACAUGACCCAGAAGCUGUAUGCCGGCUCCCUCGGCCAAUAAAGCGAGAUGAGCGCCGCAACCCCAGAGUCGGUCAUGACUGGACCUAAUGGUCAGGGGUCCCUUUACCUUUACCUAAUAACCUAUUAGAAUAUAAUAGUGCACGAUAAAAUUAACUCUCAAAACAUCAAACAGAAACUUAGCAAUUACAAUGAACAAUGAUCAAUACAAAGGACUGAAAGGCACAAUGCAUAAAAUACCAUGGUACAUGCAAAACUAUGUAAAAGGAUCAAAUUAAGAAACAAAGGCAACAUACAAAAUGAUUAUUUUUUAAAAACUAUGAACACCACUUCUCCCUUCCCAGCUGCUCCUGCUGUUCUGAUAGCCUAGUGAUGGGCUAAACCUUCGUGAAGAUGCAGGUGAUGGCGUGAGUGGGUGGAGAGAUAAACUCAAAACUGAUUUAAUGUGUACAGAACACUUUUGGGUUGGGUUAACUCUCAGGCUUACUGCCGGAAUCCUUUAAGAAAGUCCUGUGUCCUUUUGCCAGAGGGGAAGGCAGAUGCGAAAACACCGCCUUCUUUGCGUUUCACAGCCUCUUCCGGUUGCCAUGUGCCUUAAACCAUGGGUAGGCAAACUAAGGCCUGGGGGCUGGAUCCGGCCCAAUCGCCUUCUGAAUCCGGCCUGCGGACGGUCCGGGAAUCAGCGUGUUUUUCCAUGAGUAGAAUGUGUCCUUUUAUUUAAAAUGCACCUCUGGGUUAUUUGUGGGGCCUGCCUGGUGUUUUUACAGGAGCAGAAUGUGUCCUUUUAUUUAAAAUGCAUCUCUGGGUUAUUUGUGGGGAAUAGGAAUUCGUUCAUUUUCCCCCCUUCAAAAUAUAGUCCGGCCCGCCAUAAGGUCUGAAGGACAGUGGACCAGCCCCCUGCUGAAGACGUUUGCUGACCCCCUGCCUUAAACUCUCCCCUUCUGCCUCUCAGGUGGGUGAAUAUGUGGUCCAAAGCGAACAGGACUUGGGCCCCAUCCUGCUGCUCCGGCUGCACAAGGAAAAGUACAGCAUCUUCCCUCAGACAAACUGGAACUGCAGCUAUGUUGAAGUGUCCGCCCCCCAGGGAGAGACAUAUUACUUCCCCUGCUACCAGUGGCUUCUGGGGUACCAGACCCUCGAGCUCAGAGAAGGGGCAGGUGAGAGACCCUGUCCGGCUUUCUGGUAUUUCCACAGAGGGGAAGGAGCGACGCUUUUCUGGCUUGGCGCAUCACAUCCAAGACUUCCUUCCCACCCGAUUAGCAUUCCUCGUGGCCAAAGGAUCCGUGCUGCCACAGCCACCCACUCCAUGAAGGAUAUAUACAGUGGUACCUCAGGUUACAGACGCUUCAGGUUACAGACUCCGCUAACCAAGAAAUAGUGCUUCAGGUUAAGAACUUUGCUUCAGGAUGAGAACAGAGAUCGUGCUCUGGCAGCGCGGCGGCAGCAGGAGGCCCCGUUAGCUAAAGUGGUGCUUCAGGUUAAGAACAGUUUCAGGUUAGGAACGGACCUCCGGAACGAAUUACCGUAUUUUUCGCUCCAUAAGACGCACUUUUUCCCUCCUAAAAUGUAAGGGGAAAUGUGUGUGCGUCUUAUGGAGCGAAUGCAGGGGGGAGGCAGGCAGGAAAAGCCCCUGCGGCUCUUGCGGGCUUUUCCCCAGGAGGGAGAAGGGACUGACGUGGCCAGUCAAUCCCGUUUCCCUCCUCGUGUAAAAACCUGCAGGAACCGUGUGCUCCUUAAAGGGUGCGUGGCUCCUGUGGGCUUUUCUACGAGGUGGGGGAAUUCCCCCACCUCCCGCAAAAGCAGGGAGAAGGUCCCUGAGCUGCUCUUUGGGGCUAACCGGGCUUCCCCCUCCAGCCGCGAGAAGAUCUGAGCUGGGGGGGGGGGAUAAUAUUUUUUCCCUUGAUUAUUUCCCCCUCUGAAAACUAGGUGCGCCUUAUGGUCAGGUGCACCUUACGGAGCGAAAAAUACGGUAAGUACUUAACCCAAGGUACCACUGUAGAUAUUUCAUUGUAAUUAUGAUUAUUAUUGACUCGCUCAUUAGCCAAAAAGGCUCCAGCUGAGGCUUACGAGUAGUAUCGAGUGGCAUGGUAGUAUCUGCCCUGAGGCUGACAAUCUGAAAGUCAUGACACAAAAGGAAAAAGCGAUGGGGAGGGAAGAGGAAGGGAAGCAAGCUCAGGCUUGAGUUCUGGAAGCGGCAGUCCUUAUUAGAAUUAGAUCUCUGGUUCUCCAAAGACAGGCCUGUGGCCUCAAGACUGGCCGUGGGUUCAAAGGGAUGGAGCCAGGUUGCCAGAGAAAGCCCCGUCCUGCGAUCUUUCCUCUCCCCCAAAACUCUAUUUCCAUCCCACCCGCCUCUCUCCCCUCCAGCCAAAACCGUUUGCAUGGACAAGGAGAACGAGCUGCUCUUACAACAUCGGAGAAAUGAGCUGCGAGCGAAGCGACAGGCCUACAGGUGAGCAGAUUCUGUGGCUAAGCUCACCUGAACGGGCCAGGAGCCGGCUGCAGGGACGAGUCAAUCUGUCAACAUUGGGUUCUCCCCAGUGUCGCAUCUCCGCUCCUCCUCAUGCAGCUGCUGGGUGACCUUGGGCCAGUCACAUUUUUUUGAAGUCUCUCAGCCCCACUCACCUCACAGAGUGUUUGUUGUGGGGGAGGAAGGGAAAGGAGAAUGUUAGCCGCUUUGAGACUCCUUAAAGGGAGUGAAAGGCGGGAUAUCAAAUCCAAACGCUGCUUCUUCUUCUUCUUCCCGGACAGCGCCAUAUUGUACAAUUUGAAGCACAUUUCAUACAUGGCUUCCCCCAAAGAGCGCAUGCAGAAUUUACCGUAUUUUUCGCUCUAUAGGACGCACCCGACCAUAGGACGCACCUUGUUUUAGAGGGGGAGAACAAGAAAAAAAUAUUCUCCCCCUCUCUGCUCAGCGCCCCUUCAGCGAAGCGGCAGGAGAAACGGAGCCCCUUCCAUUUCUCCUCCCGCUUGGCUGAAGGGACGCUGCGCAGCUCUCCCUCUCUGCUGAAGCCGGGAGAGUCUUGCUCUCCCGGCUUCAGCAAAAGGAACCCGAAGCCUUCGGAGCGCAGUGCAAGGUCCUGCUGCGCUCCGAAGGCUUCAGGCGGCUAUCUCUGAAGCCUUCGGAGUGCGGAGGAAGUGCUCCCUCUGCGCUUCGGAGGCUUUGCGUUGCUAUCGCUGAAGCCAAGGAGCCUGCAUUCGCUCCAGAGGACGCACACACAUUUCCCCUUCAUUUUUGGAGGGGAAAAGUGCGUCCUAUAGAGCGAAAAAUACGGUAGGUUCCCGAGAAUCUCAGCAACUUCCUAGUCCUCAUGGUUGGCGUAAUAUGCUUGGCAGUGUGAAAUCUCAGGAGCCGAAUAAGAUUUCAGGGCGCUCCCUGAACCAUACAUAUGAAGCACUUCCUGCAAAGGAAACUGGGAGCUGUCCUUUGGCAAGGGUGCUGGGAAUUGUAGCUCAGUGAGGGGGAACUGUAGUUCCCAGGGUUCUUUGGGAGAAGUCGUGUGCGUUGAAUCUAUGGUGUGGCUCUCCCCAGAGUUUCUCAUUUUCCCCAUCUUUAGUUUUCCACAUUUCCAAAUCACUUUGGGGGGCUUUUUCUAAGUCCCUGUGCAGCAUUUUACUGCAAAAUUCCCUAUACUCGUUUUUUUAAAGCACUUUUGAUUAAUGCACACAUUUCUGCAAGCAAUUUUCAUCAGAUAUAAUGCACAUUUGUAUUUUUGCUGAGACAUUGAUUUUUAUGCAGUUUCCCCCCAUUUAUGGAUUUUUGCAAAUAUUUAUCUUUAUUUGUUGGGGCAGAUAUAAAGAAUAUCAACCCGGCUGGCCCCAAUGCCUAGAUGUUGACUGCGUUGACAAUUUGCAUCCAAACGAUCAGUAUUCCUGCCGCCGAUACAGUGCCUUCCGGGUGCAAAUGGUUGCUUCGUAAGUAUCUGUUGAGACAUGGGUGGCAGAGGCGGGAGCUAGAGGAGGGAUGAGAGGAAUUCCCCAGGAUCUGAACUUGUGCAAAAAUUCUGGUUCAACCGUUUUGCUCAUAGCAAAUUUCUCUCCCUGACCUGGCCACAGUGAUCCACACGGCGGUCACCUCCAGAUUGGAUUAUUGUAACUUGCUCUACGCGGGGCUGCCCUUGAGACUGACCCAGAAACUCCAGAGGGUGCAGAAUGCCGCAGCGAGACUCCAUAUGGGGUCCUCGCUGCGAGAUCACAUUUACCCGGUGCUAUACCAGCUGCACUGGCUCCCGGUGGAGAACAGGAUCAGGUUUAAGGUGCUGGUUUUAACCUUCAAAUGGGACGCGGGUGGCGCUGUGGGUUAAACCACACAGCCUAUCACUUGCCGAUCAGAAUGUCGGCGGUUCAAAUCCCCGUGACGGGGUGAGCUCCCGUUGCUGGGUCCCAGCUCCUGCCAACGUAGCAGUUCGAAAGCACGUCAAAGUGCAAGUAGAUAAAUAGGUACUGCUCCAGCAGGAAGGUAAACGGCGUUUCCGUGCGCUGCUCUGGUUCGUCAGAAGCGGCUUAGUCAUGCUGGCCACAUGACCUGGAAGCUGUACGCCGGCUCCCUCGGCCAAUAAAGCGAGAUGAGCGCCGCAACCCCAGAGUCAGUCAUGACUGGACCUAAUGGUCAGGGGUCCCUUUACCUUUACCUUUAACCUUCAAAGCCCUAUACGGCCUAAGACCCUCGUACCUACGGGACCGCCUCUCCUGGUAUGCCCCGCGGAGGAACUUACGGUCUUCAAACAAAAACAUCUUGGAGGUCCCGGGCCACAGAGAGGUUAGGCUGGCCGCAACCAGAGCCAGGGCUUUUUCGGCUGUGGCUCCAAUCUGGUGCAACGCUCUGUCACAAGAGAUUAGGACCUUGCGGGACUUGACAUCUUUCCGCAGGGCCUGUAAGGCAGAGCUGUUCCACCAGGCCUUUGGCCAGGGCACAGCCUGACUCCCUCCUUUGGCAAUACUCACAGAACUCUAGCCCAAUGGUUGCCAUUAAUCUGAUUUGAAUUCAUUUUAUAAUGAAAUGAUUUUAGAAUGUUUUAUCAUUUUACUGUUGUUAGCCGCUCUGAGCCCGGUUUUGGCUGGGGAGGGCGGGAUAUAAAUAAAAUUUAUUAUUAUUAUUAUUAUUAUUAUUAUUAUUAUUAUUAUUAUUUGAUUUUAAAUGUACCGACAAGGGAACAACUGUGGAUUGGCAAGAAUGUGUCUGUGUGUGGAAUAAGCUGUGGAAGUAUAAAAUUCCCAGCCUUUUUGCCAUUAAGGCUUGUAGAGCAGACAGGAACUCAACAGGUGAAGUUCCUCCCUAUCAUGCUUAUCUAUGCUGUGGGAAAUAUCUAUGCUGUAGCUGUUUUAUUUCUGCCAGUCAUUUUGUGGGGGGCAGAAGCAAGGGGAGCUUUGGAGACCCAGUUUCAACCACUCUUCAAUACGUUUUCUUUUCCUUUCUGAAUGCCAGAGAAGUUGAGUUGAAGCUGAAGGGCUUGCUGGAUUGUAAGAAUUCUUGGCGGAAGCUGGAUGAUGUACGGAGGGCUUUUUGGUUUUAUCGAUCCCCUGUUUCAGGUCAGUAUCUUCAUAAAGACAACAAGUUCCUCUGGCUGAGAUUCCCAGGAGCCUAAAUUCUGCACCUGCUACCAUAGUCUAAGCCUUUUUCUGUGGCCACACAGAAUCCUGCCAUACAUGCAGACCUAUUAGACCCACUCGGUCUCGGUCCAGUAUACCUGAAGGAGCGUCUCCACCCCCAUCGUUCAGCCCCCCUAAGGUCCAGCUCUGAGGGCCUUUGGCGGUUCCCCCCCUGCAAGAAGCCAAGUUACAGGGAACCAGGCAGAGGGCCUUCUUGGUGGUGGCACCCACCCUGUUGAACGCCCACCCACCAGAUGUCAAAGAGAAAAAUAACUACCAAACUUUUAGAAGACAUCUAAAGGCAGCCCUGUUUAGGGAAGCUUUUAAUGUUUAAUAGGUUAUUGUAUUUUAGUGUUUUGCUGGAAGCCAUCCAGAGUGGCUGGGGGGACCCAGCCAGAUGGGUGGGGUAUAAAUAAUAAAUUGUUGUUAUUAUUAUUAUUACUUUAUGGAUGGGAGGAACUGAAGACUGAAGGACUUUUGCGGUUCGUCCCAUCUGCCCCCACCUCUGAAUAAAGGCCUCCUCUAGCACACCCACCAAAGGAAAUCUGCCCUCUCUGAUACCUUACCGAGGACAUCUCUGUGUCCCCAGAAUAUGUCAGCACGCACUGGGACGAAGAUGCUUUCUUUGGGUACCAGUAUCUCAACGGAGUGAAUCCCGUCGUCAUCCAGCGCUGCACCGAGAUCCCAGCCAAUUUCCCCGUCACACAUGAGAUGGUUGCCAAAUCCUUGGAGAAGCACACAACCCUGGAGGAGGAGCUGAAGGUAAGAAGAAGACAGGGCUGGCCCCCACACCUUCCGAACACAGUCUCACAAAGUCCUCAGCUGCCAUCAGGGAUGCCCUUCGCUCCAUCCUCUCCCUUUGUUCCUUUUUCGUGAAUUGUUGAGCCCACUCUCCUUUUGCUGCUCGUUCUCGUCCGCAAUUUUGAUGCUCUUUUGUAAGAUUCUUUCCCUCCCCUAAUAAAUUUUAUUAAAUUUUUCCAAAUAUCUAAACACAAUACAGCUUAACAAUAAUAUUUUCCUUUAAAUCUAUAUCUUAUCCGAAUUAACUUCCCUCCACCCCUCUUCUGGCUUCUCUGCAUUGCUCUUGCUUAAGCGUGAUUACUAUAUAUACAUUAUAUAUCUAUAUAUAUAUGUAUGUAUCUAUAUAUACAUUCUGGAAGAAUCCGACAGCAGGACAAUGAGAAAUUCCAAAAAGAAUGGUCCAAAUUUAUGGUAUACUUAGAGAAAACUGUAUAUAAAUAGAGACACUCACAGGACUGAAAUAAAACUCAUAACGUUUAUUGUAAACAUUUGGUUAGACCACAAGAUGUAAUGCUGUAUUAUAAUAAGGAAUGUAUGUCUAAAAUAUAAUACAAAAAUUUAUUAAGGAGUGAAAGACGCUCUUCCGUAAGAUUCCGUAAUUGUCAUUUAAAGCUUUGGUUGUUUGCAUUGUCUCCAAUAAUUUCACGUGGUUUUACUACAGACUUGUGAUAUAUGAGUCAAUGGAAAGAAGACACAAUUUAUAUUAUUAGACAGGCAGCUAGAGAGAUGACACUUUUCUUUUCAAAAUAAUUUUUAUUAAUUUUCCAUUUGAACAUAUAUAAUCACAUCAUUCUUUCCACUUGACCUCCUUGGUUCUUUAGAGCCUAUCAACUUCCUCCCAUCCCACCUCUUGGCUUUCAAAGUUAACCUUUAUAUCACAGCAUUUUAUAUAUUUGCGGGUCCACGCGCUAACCCUGUCCAUUUCUGAGCACAAUUCAAAGUGUUGGUGCUGACCUUUAAAGCCCUAAAUGGCCUCAAAGGCCCAGUAGACCUGAAGGAGCGUCUCCACCCCCAUCGUUCUGCCCGGACACUGAGGUCCAGCUCCGAGGGCCUUCUGGUGGUUCCCUCCCUGCGGGAAGCCAAGUUACAGGGAACCAGGCAGAAGACCUUCUCGGUGGUGGCACCCACCCUAUGGAACACCCUCCCACCAGAUGUCAAAGAGAAAAAUAACUACUAGACUUUUAGAAGACAUCUGAAGGCAGAUCAUUCUUAUUAUCAUUCUUCUUCUUCUUCUUCUUUUUUUUCUUCUUCUUCUUAUUUGGGGCCCUUCCCCCCCCCCUACAUAGGAAGAGACCAGACAACAAGGUAUUGAAUUCAGAUGUAGGCAACCUGGAAAUGGCCUUGGAAGGUAUUCCUCUCAACCCCACGGGGGGCUGAGGCUGAGGGAGACAGUUGCAAUGUGAGGGGACUGCAACUGUGAACUUGCACAGUGCGCCCACGCACAGCACCGGAUUGGGAGUUUGAUCUACCUGCUGCCUCUCUAGGGUCAGGGACUCCCACAAACACCCUUUAACACAGCCUUUCUCAACCUGUGGGUCCCCAGAUGUUCUUGAACUACAACUCCCAUCACCCCUAGCUAGCAAGGCCAGAGCUCAGGGAUGAUGGGAGUUGUAGUCCAACAACAUCUGAGGACCCACAGGUUGAGAACAGCUGCUUUAACGGGACCUGCAAAAACGCCGCCGCAUGGGGGGUGCAUGAGAUGCCCCCCCUUUCACUCAAAGAUAGACUAAAGGGUACCUAACAAGGCCCGUGAGUCUUGGCCGGGGACCGGCCCCUAAACGUACUCCCAGGCCACACCCCCACCGGCAGCCCAUUGGCCCGCCAGGCAGGCGAGGGGCCAAGCCCGCAGUUACCUGGUGGGUGGCAGUCGGCUAGGUGGUACCGCUCAGGGCCACAAACUCCGCCCACCUGUUGGGAAGGGGUGAGCGGGAAUUUCCAGUUCUAAUAAGACUCAUCACAAAAUACCUCCAAGUUUAAAUAAAUAUAGAAACAUAUAUUUUUUAGAUGUCCUUUUUAUGUUGAAAUUCAUAGAGACACCAUUGAUCCUUUGCUGAAGAGGCUCGCUGAUCUUUCAGACAAGUCUAAACUUAAUUUUCUCCUCUUAAGCAAAGAUCAUAAGACGACCUGGCUGGUAGCCAGAUUCUGCGCCCAGAUUUGUAGGCAUAUAUCAUCCUCUAGAAUAAAAUAGCUUACUAGGGAAAUGCUGAAGUUGAUCUUUGGGGCGCCUCAGGGUCAUUUUUUUAUGGUAGCCCAAAUCUCAGUUGUACAGGUUUAUGUAUAUAUCUCAAUUUUAGCUCAUGAGCUAUUGCUGCAAUCUGUUCCGAUUGUAUAUUUUAUCUUUAUGAAUGCUGUUUUUAUUGUGUUAUGUUAUGGGAGCUGGUCUUUGACUGUAAUAAAUUAUCUCUCUAUCUAAAUAUAGAAAGGUAAACAAUUUCUCAUUACAAAUCUUCAGAUAACCCUACUAGUUGUUGUUAAUUGCUUACAAUGAUCUUUCAAAUAUCAUAUAAAUUUACUCCAGUCCUUCUGGAAUACUUGAUCAUGCUGGUUUCAGAUUUUCCCCGUCAGCUUUGCCAGUUCCGCAAAGUCCAUCGUUUUCAUCUUCCACUCUUCUUUUGUCGGUCCUUCUUGUUGUUUCCAUUUUGGGUCUAAAAGGGUUCUUGCCGCUGAUGUUGCAUACAUGAACAGUCUUUUAUCCUCCCUUGGUACCUCUUCACCUACUAUACCCAGUAAAAAGGCUUCUGUGUUUUUUUUUAACAAAAGUGGUUUUGAACAUUUUCUGUAACUCAUUAUAUUUCGUUUCCCAGAAAGCCUUUACUAGAUAGAUGCCAUUUUUCAUUUUGGAGGCGUAUUAUUGUCCUACCUCACCCCUCCGUCCUAUUAAUGGCAGGCUUUGACUUACAGAGGGGACGCGGGUGGCUCUGUGGGAUAAACCACAGAGCCUAGGACUUGCCGAUCAGAAGGUCGGCAGUUUGAAUCCCCGCAACAGGGUGAGCUCCCGUUGCUCGGUCCCUGCUCCUGCCAACCUAGCAGUUAGAAAGCACGUCAAAGUGCAAGUAGAUAAAUAGGUACCACUCCAGCGGGAAGGUAAACGGCGUUUCCGUGCUGCUCUGGUUCACCAGAAGCGACUUAGUCAUGCUGGCCACAUGACCUGGAAGCUGUACGCCGGCUCCCUCGGCCAAUAAAGCGAGAUGAGCGCCGCAACCCCAGAGUGGGCCACAACUGGACCUAAUAGUCAGGGGUCCCUUUACCUUUACCUUUAGCUUUACCUUUACCUUGACUUACAGAAGGGCACCAUCUUCCUCAUCGACUGCCAGAUUCUGGAAGGCGUCCCAGCCGCCAAACUGAACGGUUCCCUCCAGCAUAUCUCCGCUCCUCUCUGCCUCCUGCACUCAACUCCCCUUGGGGAGAUGAUCCCCAUUGCCAUCCAGGUAACGCCCGUCUCCCUCUGGGGUGGCAAAUUCCACUAAGCCCCCCACCCCGGAGCUGGAGGGAUUAAUUCUCUUCCUCUUUCUUUCCCCCCCCACCCCCUUGUACCACAAUACUCAGGCUCUUCUGUUAUUCCAGUUCCCACGAAACAUCCCAGAGCAAUUGACAAUAAAAACAUAGAUUUUUUUUUUUUAAAAAAGGAUGAUUUCAAAUCCAGGGCAGACAUGUUCGUUUCAGCGGGUCUGUCCCGAGCAGGGCUUAGUUGACAACAACUCUUUGGUUUACUAGCAAGGGUCAGCAAACUUUUUCAGCAGGGGGCCGGUCCACUGUCCCUCAGACCUUGUGGGGGGCCGGACUGUAUUCUGGAAAAAAAUAUAUGAAUGAAUUCCUACACCUCACAAAUAACCCAGAGAUGCAUUUUAAAUAAAAGGACACAUUCUACUCAUGGAAAAACACACUGAUUCCGGGACCGUCUGGGGGCCAGAUUUAGAAGGUGAUUGGGCUGGAUCCGGCCCCCGGGCCUUAGUUUGCCUACCCAUGGUUUAGAGCAGUGGUGUCCAAGCUUUUUUCAAAGAGGGCCAGAUUUGAUGAAGUGAAGGGCCGUGAGUUGCUGAGCGUUUUUUAGUGUUGAAGUUGUUGAGGUUUUUUUGGGAUUUUACCCUGGAAAUAAACUGCCACAGGGGCCAGAUUAAACCGAUUAGGCCCCCAAAACGGACUUUGGACAUGCCUGGUUUAGAGGAUAAAGAUUCCUGGCUUUGUGCCGUUGCCUCAUGGACGGGGGUCUGGUGGGUGAAUAGUUUUGUACAACUCAGAAGUGCAAACAUAUUCCUAGGGAAGCCUGGCCACAAAAAAAUAUGGGUUUACUCCGUGUUGACCUGUGACACCAUUUUCGCUUCCCUCCCAAGCAUAGCUGUCGACUUUUCCCUUUUCUUGCGAGGAAUCCUAUUCGGAAUAAGGGGAUUUCCCUUUAAAAAAAGGAAAUGUUGACAGCUAUGCUCUCAAGGGACUAGUAACUUGCUCUCAAAAAACAACUACAACCUCAACAAUGCUUUCCUGUUUCCAGCUCACCCAGAAACCCGGACCAGAGAGCCCCGUCUUCUUGCCCACCGAUUCAGAGUGGGACUGGGCGCUGGCAAAGCUCUGGGUGCGAAACAGCACUUUCCACAUCCACGAGGUGCUCACCCACCUGUUGCACACCCACCUGGUGGUGGAAGUCUUCCUGCUGGCCACCUUGCGGCAACUGCCCAUGUGCCACCCGGUGCACAAGGUGGGUGUGGGCUGCAAGGGACAACGGGGAGGCUUUUCCAUUUGACUUUGCAGAGAAAUAAUUUGGUCAGUUUGGAAGUCAAAAUGGUUUCCAGGGCUGUUUUCCUGUGCUGCUUCAGACAUGUGGUUUAUAUAUUUAUGUACGUGUUUGCUUGGUACAUUUAUGAACAAUUAUUUUAUAUAUAGAAUCAUAGAAUCAUAGAGUUGGAAGAGACCACAAGGGCCAUCGAGUCCAACCCCCUGCCAAGCAGGAAACACCAUCAGAGCACUCCUGACAUAUGGUUGUCAAGCCUCUGCUUAAAGACCUCCAAAGAAGGAGACUCCACCACACUCCUGGGCAGCAAAUUCCACUGUCGAACAGCUCUUACUGUCAGGAAGUUCUUCCUAAUGUUUAGGUGGAAUCUUCUUUCUUGUAGUUUGGAUCCAUUGCUCCGUGUCCGCUUCUCUGGAGCAGCAGAAAACAACCUUUCUCCCUCCUCUAUGUGACAUCCUUUUAUAUAUUUGAACAUGGCUAUCAUAUCACCCCUUAACCUCCUCUUCUCCAGGCUAAACAUGCCCAGCUCCCUUAGCCGUUCCUCAUAAGGCUAAAAUUUAAGACCUUAAAUUUUUUAUUUCAUUAUUAUUAGGGAAUUUGCUUGGCAACAUUUGUGUCUAUUAGUUCCAAUGGUAUGCAAAGAAACAUAUGUUGGGAGGAAUUCACUCUAAACCUCCUUCAUGGGAUGUUUUUAAACAACUGGAAGGGCGGCCACGGAUUUUUUAACUGCGUCGUAGGGGGUUGGACUUGAUGACCCUUUGAGGUCCCUUAAAGGUAAAGGGGCCCCUGACCAUUAGGUCCAGUCGUGACCAACUCUGGGGCUGUGGCGCUCAUCUCGCUUUAUUGGCCGAGGGAGCCGGCAUACAGCUUCCGGGUCAUGUGGCCAGCAUGACUAAGCCGCUUCUGGCAAACCAGAGCAGUGCACGGAAACGGCGUUUACCUUCCCGCCGGAGUGGUACCUAUUUAUCUACUUGCACUUUGACGUGCUUUCGAACUGCUAGGUUGGCAGGAGCAGGGACCAAGCAACGGAAGCUCACUCUGUCGUGGGGAUUCGAACCACCGACCUCCUGAUCGGCAAGUCCUAGGCUCUGUGGUUUAACCCACAGCGCCACCCGCGUUGGGGUCCCUUACAAUUCUGCAAUUCUAUGAAAAUAUUUGUGGAGGGAGGACAUACCCAGAGUUGGCCUGAUCAAGGUUUGGGGAAGGGGAUGAUCUCAACCCUCCCUUGGACUCGCCCACCUCCAGUGACCUCCUUUCUCUGACCUUGUUUUUUUUCUCUCUCACCUGCAGCUGUUAAUCCCACACUUCAGAUAUACGCUCCAUAUCAACGUUCUGGGAAGGGGGAACCUCUUUGCUCCAGGCGGCCUCAUAGACCUGGUAAGCGCGGAUUUGCUUAACCCUUAGUAGUCUGAUCCUGGGGGCAGUUGCCCACGAUGAAGACUUUGCCCCACAUAUUGGAAAUAAACUGUUAAUAAUAAUAACAAAAAUUAUUUAUACCCCGCCCAUCUGGCUGGGUUUCCCCAGCCACUCUGGGCGGCUUCCAACAGAAUAUUAAAAACACGAUAAAACAUCAAACAUUAAAAACUUCCCUGAAGAGGGCUGCCUUCAGAUGUCUUCUAAAAGUCAGGUAGUUGUUUAUUUCCUUGACAUCUGAUGGGAGGACGUUCCACAGGGCGGGUGCCACCACCGAGAAGGCCCUCUGCCUGGUUCCCUGUAGCUUUGCUUCUCGCAGUGAAGGAACCGCCAGAAGGCCCUCGGAGCUGGACCUCAGUGUCCGGGCAGAACGAUGGGGGUGGAAUAUGCACAGCUUGCAGACUUAACAUAUAGAAUGAGAGAACAAGAAGAACAUAUAUUCAGAGAAGAUUGGAAAGCGUUUAUUGAAUAUAUGGGAAAUAACUGUGUACAGCUGAAAACGCUGGCAGCAUUGAGAUAAAUUCAACAGUGUAAAUAAAUUUUGGUGGACGUAAUAAUGGAAGACUGAAUGCAUAGCUGUCAAGUGUCCCUUAUUUGAAGGGACAGUCCCUUAUUCCAGCUCCAUGUCCUGCUGCUGUCCCUUAUUGAUAGACGUCCCUUAAAUGUCCCUUAAAUGAUGUCCCUUAAAUUUCAAAGGAAGCAGCUCCUCUCCCUCCCUCCCUGCCGGCCAGGGAGGCUCCAACUGUGUUGCAUGGCUGUGUUGCUCACCCAAUAAGAAGCCUAAGAACGACUGGGGGGUGGAGCUUGCAUGCCAUGUGUGUGGCUAGUUAAUGCAAGUUGAGGGGUUUUUUGAAUGCUGGACGCCAUUUUGUUGCACGUGCUGCUGCAAACUUUGUAGUGCAAAGCCAGGCCGGGGAGCCAUCUUAAGUUGAGGCUGCAUAGGCCUUGUGGUACAUGUGAUUCAGAUUCUAUUCAGUUGAACCUCUGGUUACAAAGUUGGUUGGACAGUGUUCUCGAAGCUACCCAGCAUGAGUUUGACCAGACUGCAGGAGGACAGGAAGACUGGAGUGCCUGGAACAGGUGAGGCUGCAGGUCCCUUAUUUUGGCUGCUGGUCCCUUAUUUUCAAAUCUGUAAGUUGACAGCUAUGCUGAAUGGUAUAGUUUUUGUAAAAUAUGCAGUGUUUUUUGAUAUGUAAUAUGAACCAUGGAAAGAGAAGAAGGGAAAUUGAUAUCUUAAGGAUGUAAGAAAGAGUGCUUUAAACUGUAAAACAGAAAAUUUAAUAAAAAAUUAUAUACAAAAAAGGAAGAAAUAAUCAUAAUAGCAGCAAUAAUAUUAAUAUUAUAAUGAAUACACUUUGGAAUCCCCUGCCUUAAGCAGGUGCUUUCCUGUUUCUGAGCUCAGCAGCUUACCUGCUUCACAUACCAUCCAACUUUUUCAGACCCCAAAUUGGGACAUGUGUCUUCCGGGAUGCUCUCCCAGGAGAUUCUCGCGACCCGCACCUCUCUGCCCCUCCCAGGUGCUUUUUCAGCGCAAGAGCACCCAAAAUGGCUGCCAUGAUCUCUCAUGAAAAAACGAGAUGUCCCGUUUUUCCCAGGGCACUUGGCAGCUUUGCAUUUGCUCCACCGUGUUACAAGCUCCUCAAAAAGGGCCUUCUCUCUCUCCCAGGCUAUGGCCACGGGCUUCCACGGUCUGUCACACCUGCUGGCUAAAGGUCUUUUGACGCUGACGUAUUCCACCCUCUGCCUCCCUGACGAUCUCCGGGAGAGGGGGCUUGAGUCGCUCCCCGGCUACUACUACAAGGAGGACGGCAUGAAGCUCUGGGAAGCCAUCGAGAGGUGCGAUCCUGGCUCCAGGAGGGCGGAGAGGGACAAAGCGGAAAGCAAGAGCAAGCCUUCCUGCUGGGGACACUGGGAGGGCUGCAGAGGCAGACCUCCAGCCCAUCUCUUCAAAUCCUGGAAUUCCUAGACUUGGGAAGGAACAAGAUUUAGACUACAGUGGUACCUCAGGUUACAGACGCUUCAGGUUACAUACGCUUCAGGUUACAGACUCCGCUAACCCAGAAAUAGUGCUUCAGGUUAAGAACUUUGCUUCAGAGUGAGAACAGAAAUCGUGCGGCGGCGGCGCGGCAGCAGCAGGAGGCCCCAUUAGCUAAAGUGGUGCUUCAGGUUAAGAACAGUUUCAGGUUAAGAAUGGACCUCCAGAACGAAUUAAGUACAUAACCAGAGGUACCACUGUAUUGCUAAGUGGGUCAUGUAAUUUGCAAGCAUAAUCUCACUGGGGAGAAGCCAUCAUUACGGACACGCUUAAGGUCAAGAGAGUCUCUCUGGCGCCUUCGUCGGUCAGAUGGUUCAACUAUCAGACAUAUCAGUCUGUGAGCCUAGAUGAGGCCAAUGGAGACCUAUCUACUUCUACUGCAGCAUUCUGUUUUCUCAGUGACUAAUAAUAAUAAUAAUAAUAAUAAUUGUAUUACUUAUACCCUGCCCAUCUGGCUGGGCCUCCCCAUCCACUCUGGGCGGCUCCCGACAGAAUAUUAAAAACACCAAACAUUCAAAACUUCCCUAAACAGGGCUACCUUCAGAUGCCUUCUAAAAGUCAGAUAGUUGUUUAUUUCCUUGACAUCUGACGGGAGGGCGUUCCACAGGGCGGGCGCCACCACCGAGAAGGCCCUCUGCCUGGUUCCCUGUGACCUCACUUCUUGCAGGGAGGGAACUGCCAGAAGGCCCUCGGAGCUGGACCUCAGCAAACGAUGGGGAUGGAGACGCUCCUUCAGGUCUACUGGGCCUUUGAGGCCGUUUAGGGUUUCAAGGUCAGCACCAACAAUUUGAAUUGUGCUCAGAAACAUACUGGGAGCCAAUGUAGGUCUUUGGGGACUGGUGUUAUAUUGUCUUGGCAGCCGCUCCCAGUCACCAGUCUGGCUGCCGCAUUCUAGUCUAGCAUGCCACAGUCAUGCUUUGCCAGCUGUGGACUGAUGGGAGUUGUAAUCCCACAACUCCGGAGGCCAACAGAUUGGGCACGAGAAAAACCAUUUUCUCCUCCUGUGUCCUCACCGGCCACUGCCACCGACUCUUUCCCUUCUCCUUUUUUUUUUAAAAUAAUUUUUAUUAAGGUUUCAAUAAAAAGUUAGACAAAAAAAACAUAAAAAAGAAAUACACAAAUACACAAUACAUAAUCCAAAAAAGGAAAACACAAAAAACAAAAUACAAAAAAAAAAAGAAACAGAGCAAUUAAAAACAAUAUCACUUUUUCAUUCCCGUUUUUAAAUUUACUUAUUUUCUGGACUUCCUCAUACCUCCCACUUUUGUAUUCUAGUCCAGAUUGUUUGUCCAGCAAUUUCUUUUCCACUUUUUUAAUCCCAAUCUUUAAUCUUAAUAUAAUAUAACACUUAAACUUCUUUAAUCCUAAUCCCUAAUCUUAAUGUAAUAUAGCAUUAAAAUUUUACCUCUUAAGUACCAAAUUUCCAUUUCCUUAAACAUCUUUAAUCCUAAUCUUUAAUCUUAAUCUAUCAAUAACUUUAUCCUGUACAGCUGGAAACCACUUAUUUUCAAUCCAACAUCACUCUAACAUUCUUUAAUUUUGCAGUGUUUCUGAAGAUAAUCUUUGAAUUUCUUCCAAUCUUCCUCCACCGACUCUUCUCCCUGGUCACGGAUUCUGCCAGUCAUUUCCACCAGUUCCAUAUAGUCCAUUAGUUUCAUCUGCCAUUCCUCCAGCGUGGGAAGUUCUUGUGUCUUCCAAUACUUUGUGAUGAGUAUUCUUGCUGCUGUUGUUGCAUACUCUCUUUCCCUUCUCCUCUCAUUGCUGCAGCUUUGUGAAGGGCAUUGUCCAUCUCUACUACAAAAGUGACGGUUCUGUCAAGGAGGACCCUGAGCUCCAGGCCUGGGUGGCUGAGAUUUUUGACAAGUGCUUUUUCCAGCGAGAGUCCUCUGGUAAGAUCUGCUUCCGACACCCUCUUCAUGGCGAGCUACAAAAAUGGCCGCCGGACCCUGAAUCGCCUCAUGCUGCGACCACCUCUGGGGGAGGUUGGUGGGGUCAGUUGUGUGGGGUGGCAUCUUGACCCUGAUUUUGCUGUCCUUCCAGGUUUCCCUGAGCAUCUAGAAACCAUUGCCCAGCUCACCAAAUACCUCACCAUGGUAAUAUUUACCUGCUCCAUCCGCCAUGCCAGCGUCAACAACGGCCAGGUUGGAGUCUUCAUCUUUCUCUUGCUCUUUAACUCUGUGGAAUGCAAAUGAUUGCAUAGAGAGAGAAAGGAGAGGGAGAAUCAUGUCUAUGUGGGGGUGUCAGAACUGCAUUCCUCAUGGAAGGGGACGCGGGUGGCGCUGUGGUCUAAACCACUGACCCUCUUGGGCUUGCCGAUCGGAAGGUCGGCGGUUCGAAUCCCCACAAUGGGGUGAGCUCCCAUUGCUCUGUCCUGGCGCCUGUCAACCUAGCAGUUCGAAAGCACACCAGCGCAAGAAGAUAAAUAGGUACCACUGUGGCGGGAAGGUAAAUGGCAUUUCCGUGUGCUCUGGCACUCGUCACAGUGUCCCGUUGCACCAGAAGCGGCUUAGUUCUGCUGGCCACAUGACCCGGAAAGCUGUCUGUGGACAAACGCCGGCUCCCUCGGCCUGAAAGCGAGAUGAGCGCCGCAACCCCAUAGUCACCUUUGACUGGACAUAACCAUCCAGGGGUCCUUUACCUAUCCUCAUGCUCCCCAGAUGUCAUUGGACUCCAGUUCCCACCAGCCACAACCACCACAACCAAUGGCCAGGUGAAACAGGAGUGGUCUCCCAACAACACCUGGAGGGCACCAGGUUGGGGAGUGGUGUAGACAAUUCUGAGCCAAGUGGACCAAGGGACGGCAUCCGUAGAAGGCAGCUUCCAAUACUGGUUCCCCAUGUCACGGUCUGUUUUAAAAUAAUGUUUAUUAAAAUUUCACAAGGAAAAAAAAACCACAUUAAUGAAGAAAAAAUUAACAAUAAAAAGAAAAAAUACAAAGUAAAAAAAGAAAAAAACAAUUAAAAAUAAUUUCAUCUUUUCCUCACUUCUUUUACAUUUACUUGUUUCUCGGACCUCCUCUUACCCCCCUCUUUUGUAUUCUAAUUAAAUAUGUUAAUCCAGCAAUUCCUUUCCCUCCUUUUUAAUCCUACUAUUUAAUCUUGAUAUAAUAUAACUUAAAAUUUUAGAUUUUAGAUAUUAAAACCAAUUUUUCCAUAUUCUUUUAGCCUGUACAGCUAGAAACCCCUUAAGUUCAAUCCAACAUCAUUCUAACAUUCAUUAAUUUUGCAAUAUUUCUGUAAAUAGUCUUUGAAUUUCUUCCAAUCUUCUUCCACCGACUCUUCUCCCAUGUCACGGUCUGGUUCACGGGCGAUCGAAGUCCCAGCUGGCCCAUAACCCUGUUGUUGGGAUACUGCCAGGGAGACGGGGGCAUCAGGCAGGCCCCCAGCUGGCUCCGAUCACCCGUCUCCCGUGGAACAACAUCAUUCAGUCAGUGACACGAGCCUCAGAUACAUUUAGAGACCCGUGCACGCUCUGUAAAUCUCCACAACGGAAGAGGUGGACAGAGAGAGAUGUGCAAGCAUAUUUACAGCAUUUAAUUCAGCAUAGCUCAGGAAAAAAGGAAAACAUGUCUGCUUGCCUUCGUGUCCAGCAAAAACAGCAGUAAAGCUAAAGCAAAAGCAACAUACAAUGGAAGUUCCCAGCAGACGCUGGAACAGGCAUGUGAGACACAAUAGCCUGUUCCCUUUUAAGGUAGAACGGAACUAUAUCCUAACAGUCGGGACCGGGGGCAAGAUGGCGGGGUGGGAGCAGGAACGGGAGUCCAGAAGCCAGGAGUCAAGAAGCCAAGGGUCCGAGGGUCAAGAAGCAAGGAGUCACAAAGUCAGGGGUCUGAGGAUCAGGAGUCAAGUCAGCAAGGCAGGGAACAAGGCUGGGAAAUGCUGACCUUAUAUCCCUUCCUGGCUCUUGCCACCAGGUGCUGUGAGUUACCAAUCAGCCUCACCUGUGAGGCCACACCUUGCCUCUUCAGAAUAAACUUAGGAAAGCCCCAGUCCUGCAGAGUCCUAUUGGUCACAGGCCUGGCUCCUGCAUGCACACCUGACACCCCAGCCUCACCCAAUGGAGAAUCUCCCUCCUCCCUCCAAGGUUCGAUCCCAGCGAACAUCCUCUGUGAACCUCUCAGGUGACCCAUCUCCCCAUGCACAGGUGGAGGAAGGGUCCCAGGUGCCUUUUGACUGCCCAGAGCCCUCUAACCUUCAACUCUUCUUCUCCCAGUUUGAUUUUGGCGCCUGGAUGCCCAACUAUCCCUCCUCCAUGAGGAAGCCACCCCCAAAAAUCAAGGGCGGGGCGACGUUCGAGAGCGUCCUGGAGACUUUACCGGACGUUAGCACGACCUGUAACACUUUGCUGCUCCUUUGGCUGCUUAGCAAGGAACCGGAGGAUAGGGUAAGAGGAAAAUGGAAGGGACAUUGAUGGGGGGUGUUUAUUGGGUUUUUAUUUUGAUUAUAUAUGUUGUGGUUUUAUGUUUUGAUUUUGUUCGGUGAACCGCCCUGAGACCUCCGGCUAUAGGGCGGUAUAUGAAUUCAAUACAGUGGUACCUCGGGUUACAUACGCUUCAGGUUACAUACGCUUCAGGUUACAGACUCUGCUAACCCAGAAAUAGUACUUCAGGUUAAGAACUUUGCUUCAGGAUGAGAACAGAAAUUGUGCUCCGGCGGUGCAGCAGCAGCAGAAGGCCCCAUUAGCUAAAGUGGUGCUUCAGGUUAAGAACAGUUUCAGAUUAAGUACGGACCUCCGGAACGAAUUACGUACUUAACCCGAGGUACCACUGUAAAUCAAUCAUCAUCAGGGGUCAGCAGACUUUUUCAGCAGGGGGCCGGUCCACUAUCCCUCAGACCUUGUGGGGGGCCAGACUAUAUGAGGCAAAUAUGUAUAUACAAAUAUGUAUAUGAGGCAAAAUUUCACGCAAAGAGGUUAUAUCAGGAGAAAUCCACACCAAAAUGCUGAUUAAUUUUCACGAGGACUUUUUUUUUAUUUUUUUAUUUUGAUACUUUUGCAAAUUCAUGGAAAUGUGAAUAACUGAAUUUUAGAAUGGCAAAAUGAGAAACUGAGAAAAACCAAAGCCGACAGAUUCGCCCAUCACUAAGUAAUAUAAUCUGAAAUUCAUUUUAUUUAUUUAACAAACCUUACAUGCGGCUUACUAGAACAAAACACCUCUAAGCAAUUUAUUGUUUUCCUAUAAAGUGGUUCAAUUAAUUGUUGCUGCUCUGAAUUUUAUUGCGUUAUUAUCUUCCUUAGUGGGUCAUGGGCUAUUACCAUCAAAAAGUUAUUCCCAAUGUUGAGUCGGAAUCUCCUUUCUUGUAACUUUAAUCCAUUGGUUUAAAGUCUGACACUCUGGAAACAAGCUUGCUCCAUCUUCUGUGGAACAGACCUUUAGCUAUUUGAAGAUGGCUGUCAUGUCACCCCUCAGAUUCCUAAACAUCCCCAACUCCUUCCACCAUUCAGACUUGGUUGCCCUCCUCUGCACACCUUCCAGCUUCUCAAUAUCAUUUUUUAAACUGUGAUUCCCAGAAUUGGACACAGUAUUCCAGGUGGGGUCUGACCAAGGCAGAAUAGAGUGGGACUAUUACUUCCUUUGUCCUGGACACUAGACUUCUGCUGAUGCACCCGAGACUAGCAUUAGCCUUUGUUGCUGCUGCAUCACGCUGCUGACUCGUGUUAAGCUUGCCAGCUAUUAAGACCCCUGGUUCCUUUUCACAUCGUCUAUGCUUUUUUAUAGGGUGCGGGGUAGAGGGCACUGGGGACAAGUUUAUGUGGGAUGUAAUCCACUGCGAGCAGUCAAGUACAACAUUCCUUGUUUUCCUAGAGCGGACAUGCAAGGGAAUGUUUGGUCCAGCCAAUCGAAACUUCCUGUUCCUCCUGGCCUGGAGCAUCCUUCCUUUUGCAUGGGACUAGCGGGUGGGCGUAACCCUUCCAGUCCUGGUAAAAGGCCAAGGAAUGCUGCCACUCUCCCUCUUUUCCAUCCUCUUUUCAUCCUAAGAACUUCCUGGAAUGAACUGCUGGCUGCCAGCCAAGCAGUCCCUCAGGUCAUCUCCCUUAUGGGGUAAACCUGUUAGUAGAAGUUUGUAACUUUAACCUUAAGCCUGCCUUCAGGGAUCACACUGUGCUCUGCCUGAUCAUGAGUAAACUUUCUUCUUAUUGCUUAUGAAUAAGAAUGUGGCGUCUUUAUUCUUUUAGGGGGGAUUCAAUGAGUUGUUGUUGUUGUUUAGUCGUUUAGUCGUGUCCGCCUCUUCGUGACCCCCUGGACCAGAGCACGCCAGGCCCUCCUGUCUUCCACUGCCUCCCGCAGCUUGGUCAAACUCAUGCUGGUAGCUUCAAGAACACUGUCCCACCAUCUCGUCCUCCGUCGUCCCCUUCUCCUUGUGCCUCCAUCUUUCCCAACACCAGGGUCUUUUCCAGAGAGUCUUGUCUUCUCAUGAGGUGGCCAAAGUAUUGGAGCCUCAGCUUCAGGAUCUGUCCUUCCAGUGAGCACUCAGGGCUGAUUUCCUUCAGAAUGGAGAGGUUUGAUCUUCUUGCAGUCCAUGGGACUCUCAAGAGUCUCCUCCAACACCAUAAUUCAAAAGCAUAAAUUCUUUGCCGAUCAGCCUUCUUUAUGGUCCAGCUCUCACUUCCAUACAUCACUACUGGGAAAACCACAGCUUUAACUAUACGGGCCUUUGUUGGCAAGGUGAUGUCUUUGCUUUUUAAGAUACUUGUUGGAACAAAUCCACGACAGACGAGUGGCAGGUGUCAUAUGAGAGGCGUCUGCCGGGGCAAGCCCCGGGAACUCUCUUUUAUUGAAUAUUACAAACAUUGCCACAGGUGUGCUUGUGGCUGAUUGGUUGAUACAAACACAAAGCAACUUGUUGCUGAUUGGUUAACAUAGGUACAAGGCGGGAAUUACAUAUGAGCAUUAAUCACCGAUAGAUUAAAGGCUGGGAAACGGAGCUGGAACUAGACAGGCAUGAAGCCUCCUAAUUAAAUUAUAACUAAAGAUUGAUAUAGCAUGACUAAAACAAUUACUAAUGAUUGAUCAUAACAUGAAAGAAUAUAAUAAUCGAGUUCCGUAGAUGUGGUCAGCUGUGCAUUAAGAAUAGAUCAUAUUGUUUGUUCAUGAACUUAAAAUGAACUGAGGAAUGAGGGAAUGUCUUGGUGUGUUUAGAACAGGUUUGUACAGUGUGUGCAGAAGCAGAGAAAAGAUUAUAAGCGAGACUUCCCAGAAUGCAAGAGAAAAGAAGCAAUAGUUCCCAUAGCAAGACUUCCCAUAAUGCCACAGUUAUGUGCAGAAAGAGAACUUCCCUUUAGAUACUGUCUUGUCUUACCAGGCAAAUAUUAGAACACAUUUCAAUCUGGACAAGCCAGAUUGUCUUAAGAAACUCACACGAGUUUGCAACUAGCUUUCUGCUGUGUAAAGGGGAAUGCACUCUGCUAAGUAAAGAAACUUGCUAAUGCAAGUUAGGAAGGAUGUUAAUAAACAAUAUAUCCUCUCGUGUCGCCCUGAACAUUCCCACAGUUUAUAGCACCAAGGGGGCAGUGGCCCCAAAGGUUGGGAAACACCUUUUCUAGAACCUCACCCUCAUUUCUUGUCUCCCUCCAGAGACCGCUAGGGUGCUACCCUGAUGAACAUUUCACAGAAGAGAAGCCGAAGGAGGUAAUUGCAGCUUUCCAGAACCGCCUGGCCCAGAUCUCCAUGGAAAUUGAGGAGCGGAACCAGAGGCUGCCUCUGCCAUACCACUAUCUCAACCCCCCGGAAGUAGAAAACAGCACGUCCAUAUGA